AUGGAUUCCUCUGAUAGAGGCUAUGAAAUCCCCUCCCAGAAGAAGUACGGUGUUUUCCUUAGCUUCAGGGGACCUGACGUUCGGACAACUUUUGUGGAUCACUUAUAUGAAUUCUUAACUGAUAAAGGGAUAAAUGUUUAUCUGGACGAGCUAAGCAUGGAAAAGGGGGAGUUUAUCGACAAUGCCUUGAAGAGGGCAAUUGAGGAUAGUACUAUCAGCAUCCCCAUCUUUAGCCGAAAUUAUGCUUCGUCACCGCAUUGCCUGCAGGAGCUGACCCAUAUGUGCAAAUCCGGAGCGGUCAUCAAACCCCUCUUUUACGACGUCAAGCCACACCAUGUUCGAUACGCAGAGAGCCAACCAAGCCCAGCCGGCGAGUCGACUGCAAACGGUGAAGCUAGAGCAGUAGUCGAGAGACAAGCAAAAGCAGAGGGUGACAGUAAGGAAAACAUAUGUAUGAAGGAGGCAAGAACAGAGGACCAAAAGGAUGCAAGAGGAGAUCGUGGUAGUGAGAUAAGAACAGAGGGGGAGAGUGAGGCAAGGACAGAGGGUGAAUGUGAGGCAAUAACAGAGAGUGGAAGUGAUGUAAGAACAGAGGGGGCGAGUGAGGAAAGGGUAGAGGGUAAAUGUGAGGCAAGAGCAAAGGGGGAAAGUGAGGGAAAAAUAGAAGGCAGAACAGAGGCAAGAGCAGAAGGUGGAAGUGAGAUAAGAACAAAGGGUAAGAAUGAGGCAAGUGCAGAGAGCAAUGGUGUGGCAACAGCAGAGGACCAAAGAGAUGCAAGAGCAAAGGGCAAAGGUGUGGCAAUAGCAGAGGACAAAGGUGUGGCAAAGGACCAGACUCAGAGGGAUGCAAGGGCAAAGGGCAAAGGUGUGGCAAUAGUAGAGGACCAAAGAGAUGCAAGAGCAAGGGGCAAAGGUGUGGCAAUAGCAAAGGGCAAAGGUGUGGCAACAGCAGAGGAAAGUGAGACAAACCCAUAUAGUGAGGCAUUGAAAGAGCACUGCCGUAAAGGCCGAUAUAAACGUUCGGAAAUCGACGAGUGGAGGGAGUCGUUGAACAAUGUUUCUGAUCUCAACGGGUGGACUCUUGAGAGCAAAUAUGGAUAUGAAGGCAAGUUUGUAAAACUGGUCGUCUCUGACGUUAUCAAGGAAUUGGAUAAAUUCCCGUAUCAAAACCUACCAAAGCAUACUGUGCAACUCGACGAGAGGAUAGCAGAUGUGAUCCGUCUGCUCGAAAUUGACAACAAGGAAGAUGUGCUUAAGAUAGGCAUAUGGGGCCUUGAUGGAAUUGGCAAAACCGCAAUUGCCAAGGCAGUUUUCAACCGUAUCCUACAAGAUUUUGAAGCCUGUUGUUUUCUAUCCGAUGUUAGUACCAAGUGGCAGAAGGAGGGAAUAAAAGUAUUACAAGAACAACAAAUGAGAGACUUACUCUCGAGGAAGGACUGCAGGUUUAGUGCCCCUGAAAGCAGCUCAGUGGCGGCACAGGGUUCUGCUCUGAAGCGCAUCCUCAUAGUUUUAGACGACGUUGUUGAUUUCGAGCCGCUGGAGAUUCUACUUGGGGGAAAAUGGGCAGGCUCUGGCAGCAGAAUAAUUGUUACAACCCCAGAUAAGCAUGUAUUGAACAUGGCAAAGAUAGACACAAUUUACAAGAUGGAGGGACUAAAGGAUGAUGAGGCUCUGCGUUUGUUCUGUUGGCAUGCAUUUGUGAGUCCUGAACCGGAUAUGCAAUUUGUCCAACAAUGUAAAAGGAUUGUAGAAGCCUGUGCUGGAUUGCCGCUGGCUCUCCAAGUCGCGGGAGAUGAAUUGUGCGACAAAACGGAUAAACCUGAAUGUUGGCAUGAAGCCAUGAGCACACCGCAGAGCAUCUGCCAUCAAAAAAUUUACAGCGUGCUCAGGCCUUCUUACGAGAAACUAACCUUUCAAGAGAGAAAAAUUUACUUGCAUAUUGCUCGCUUCUACAUAGGAAAAGAGACAGAGCAUGGUAUCCGAUACUGGAAAAUGUUGAACUGGGAUCCUCAUACUGCUGUCAAAAAUCUUGAACUCAAAUCGUUCAUAAGCAUAGGCGAUGAUGAUAAAUUCAUGAUGCACCGCCUUCUCAUAGAUAUGGCAAAAGCAGAGGAGACUAGAAGCUGCUAUCUCCAAAUAUUGUCUUCCAUCUCAAAGUUCACCUCCAUCUCCAAUUUCCACAUCAAAUCCCUUUCAUAUAAGAGAUCAGAGAAAAAAGGCUGUACGACUCAAAGUGAAAACAGGCAAAGUUUCUCUCCAGGUGAUAUUACAAAUGUGAUUUUUAUUGAGGGAGCAGAGAAGUUUGAGAUGCAAGAUUUUCGUGGUGCUUCUGAAUUGUUGAGUGCCAGUGUUUUUGGGACUUCAUAUAAAGUCCCUCUGAGUGAUAACCGCGUUGUAGUGGUGAAGGAAUUAAUUGUGGACGUCUCAUCAAAAGAAGAUUUUGAAAAAGUAAUGGAGCUUUCAGCCAAGUUGAAGCACGGGAACGUGGCCAGCAUAGAGGCCUAUUAUUAUUCGCCAGAACUGAAAUUUGUGGUGCAGAAAUACUUUCACAAUGGAAGUCUCCACCACUUACUUCACGGUAGUAAUGAGAAACCGUGUCCAAGCUGGAAAACUUGUAGAAGAAUUGCAUUGGGCAUAGCAAAAGGUUUGUGUUUCAUUCAUAGUCAUGCCAAUCAUGCUCAUGGAAAUGUCAAGUCUUCUAAUAUUUUGUUGGAUGAAAAUAAUGAAGCCUUUGUCUCAGACUUCAUACCUUAUAUGCUCUCAACUCAAAACACUACUUCAUGGAAGACUAAAGGAUACAACCAUCAUGAGCAUAUAAAAGGUAUAAAAAUGACAAAAGAAUCAGAUGUGUUUGCAUAUGGUGUGCUUCUUCUUGAGAUUCUCACUAGAAAAGACCCUUGGCAAUUACAAUGCCAAGAAAAUUUUUCUUCUCUUAGCCAGUGGACACAAGACAUUUUAAGCAUAUCAGAGAUAUAUCAGUUUAUGUAUAGUAUGCCUAUGAUGUCAUGGAAUCACUAUGUGAAGAUUCAUAAUAUGUUUGCAAUUGCUGACCAUUGUGUUUCACAAUGUCUGCCACAACGCCCAACUAUGGAGAAAGUAUUACAAAUGCUUGCAAGUGAUGAAACGAUAUCUUUUUUGAGUGACAACCUUUAUCGUUCAUAUUUGAAAAAUAUGAAGUGA